CGUAGCAGACCUCAGACAGGAGAUAGAGGAGAGGAGAGUCCUUCCUUCACAUCCUUCGACGUCCCGCAAAGUUCGAAGCCGGCGCGCAUGGCCAACCUAGGCAGCCAGAUCAAGGGCGCCGCCUCCUGCCUCCUCCUGUAUUUCCUCGUCGUCCUCGUCUUCUACAAGCCUUCUCCGCCUCCUUCACACUUCCUCGAGAAAUCCGUUGGACAGUGGAGGACUAGAAGAACGUCUUAUAUCGGUGGCUCGGCAGGGUGGCAUCGCUGCGGCAUGGCAAGAAGGCCAGGCGUCGGGAGUGGCACUGUCGGAGGAAGACCCAGGCAAAGGCUCCUCCUUCAUACAGGGCCAACAGUGCCAGGCCAUGUUCACUGUCGAGAAGGACGCGGAGAUUUGGUCGGAUGAUGGCCCUUACACAGAGCUGAGCGACCAGCUGCCAUCCCUCCUGAUCAGCUGGGCGCGCGAGAACAGCAGUGCAACAGCUUCUGUCUAUCCCUCGACACGCCUCAGCUUUCUCAAUGGUUCCGUCCCUUACGUCCCCUGCAAGAUUCGCCAAUACGACGUGCCUGACCUGGGUUCCUGCAGCGCGGCCAGGUCAUCUCAGGGCAAAAAGACCUGGAUCGCUUUUGUUGGCGACUCGAACGGCAGGCAAAAAGUCCACUCUUUCGUCUACUUUCUUCCCCCUGACCUCGAAUACACUUUUUUCCUCGGCGAACAAGUGGUCACCCGCCAGGAGUUCUUGGCGUCCGUCGCCCACCACCGCCACCGCCCUUUGACCUUCGAUAUCCUAGGGCGCCGAAGGGAUGACUCAGAUCACACGAAGGAGGGAGAAGAUCCUACAACUCCUCGUAAUCCUUUCCUGACGACGGACGAGGAUAUCUUCAGUUCCUUCGAAGAGCCUUACGAUCACUUGGCUUUCAACAGUACCUUGUUCCCCUUGCAUGAGUCAGACGUCGCCCUCGAGUCGUAUGAGCUGAGGGUGACCUUGGUGUGGGCUCCGCUGGCGUCGGCAGUUGUGUCUCCCUUGGCCGAGGAGAGAAUGAGAGUUGAUAAGUUGAAGGAGUGGGAGAAACAAGAGGUUAUUCCCGAUGUUAUUGUUGUGGGCUUCGGAACCUGGAUGAUGCUGAUGAAAAAGUUUAAAGACGAACUGGUCCCUUAUACUGAAGCCGAGUACCUGGUUCGUCCCAUUGUGUCCCAACUAACUCACCUGGCUGCAAGAACACCUGUCCUGUGGUGGCAUCAAAGUCGGUACCGUUGGUUCAAUUUCGAGGACAAUAUUGCUGGAGAGGAAAAGGAAGAUCUUUUGUGGCAUAAGAAAGUUGACAUCAACCAGUUCAGUGACGGAAUUCCCUUCAUGGACGCUUGGCUCUGGCUGACUUCACUGAGAGGCACCGGCAUGUGGCAGUGGGACUCGACAGUGCCAUUCAACCUCGCCAACCACCGAGAGUGCCUCCGCCUAAGAUCCUCGGGGUUGGCUGAAGAAAAGAUUUAUUAUGGGAAAUGGUGGAACUGCCAAGACGUCCAUCACUCAUCUUACGAGACAAAUGCCGACGAGAUACAGAUGCUGCUAAAUCUCCUGUGUAACCCUUAUCUCGCUCCCGAUAGCCAAUACUGCUGCUCCAGUGGACAGUAGGGAAUAAUAACUUGGUCGUUUUAGCAUUAGUUUUGUCUUUGUUGUUGUUGUUAUUGUUGUUGUUGUUGUGGGAUGGAUGAAUGUUUCUUUGUGUGUUUUUGAGUGGCGUGAUUUAUUUAAGUGUUUAUUUGUUUUUUUCUUUCAUUAUUAUUUAUUGAUUAUUUGUUCUUCUGUUUAGUUAUUAUUAAUUAUUAUUGUUCAGCUUCUUUAUCUAUUUUGUAUCUCAUUACUCACAUUAUCUAUCUAUUUCUUAUUUAUUGUCAUUAUUUAGCUUGUUAAUUGGUUACUCGUUAAUUGGUAACUCUAAAAGGUUACAGACGGAUCGUGAUAGAAAACAAUAAUUGAUUUUGGUGAAUGAAUAUUAAGGGUAGAUGUUGCGUAGAUAAAAGCUGAUAAGAGUAGAUUUUAAGUAGAUUUUAGGAUAGGUGAGAACAGAUCAAGAAUAGAUUUCUUAUUAAAGGGAUUACUGUUGAGAUUUAUUAAAAGGAUAGAGGUAGUUUAAAGGUAGAUUAUGAUAGAUUUAGGAUAAUAUUAGGAGAGUAGAAUCAUUUUUUUUAAUGUAGAGAAAGGAGAAUAGAUUAAAUAUAAUGUCGGAGAUUUGAGUUUUUCAGUAUUUUCUGGUUUUCAUUGCUUUCAAAAAAGUUCGUUAUCCAUUGUUGUUUUUGUGUACUUGCAUGUGUACUUGCUGUAGAAGGUGUCAUAUAUAUUCAUUGCAAAUGUACCUUGAAAAAGUACAUCAGCAUGUCCAUAUAUCAAUAAGGCCAUAUAAUUAUGCACAAGAAUUUGUUACUUUCUUAUCAAAA